UUAGCAGGUGUCCUAAUUAGAGAGUUGCCGCCCGCCAAGCUCAUUCUACGAUUGUUCACAACCGUUUAGGACGCAUCCCCAACCCCGUUAAAAGCCUUCAAGGUCUGGUGGCCCCGACAAGGCCCGGUUUUACACUUUUCUGAUGGACCAGCGUGCACUAGGGCAUGCUGGCGACGCCGCUCCUUUCCUACCCACGAACGCCGGCGACCCCCUACAGGUGGCUGCUGGCCCGAUGGACUUCGCCGAGCUGCCAGGCGAAGCCGCGUGGCCGCUUGAGCCUCGCGAAGGUCUCUGGUUCGGCGAGGCGUCGCAGCUCGUCGCUCCGCCGGUCGCUGCUGCUGCGACGAACGAGCUUGGCGGCGCUGCUGGGUGCGGCCCGGCGAGCAUGGACGGCGGCGACGUGGCGUCGGCGGGCGUGUCGCGGGACUUGCUGCAGCAGCUGCUGGCGGCGGGCCUCGACAUGCCCACGCUGCACGCCAUGCUCGCCGCGCUCGAAGGGCCCGCCGCCACCUCCACGGCCACCUGGCCGCUGGAACCGCAUGCGCCGCAGGCGCCCGCAGACAACUCCACGCAGCUACUCUCCGCAGCCGGUGCGGCCGCUGCGGCCGAUCACACCACGUGCGGAAUCAACGGCUCUGCGGCGCCCGCCAUGGGCCGCGCCGGGCUCAGCCACAGCCUCAGCCUGGACGGCCGAUCUGCGCUUCCGCCCGUUUCGCCGCAAGUCAGCGCGCGAUCUCGCCCGCAGCCCAUGGCGGGCGAGCGCCCCGUGCCGCUGCUGGGGUCCGCCGCGCACGGCGCGCAGCCCAGCCUGCGCUCCCGGCGCGGACUGCCCGACCUCUCGAGCUCGCUCUCCAACGCGCGCCCCGCUGGCGUCUCUCGCCUCGCCGCCACUACUGGCGGCAACCCCCCCUCCAGCACGGGCAAGCGCGAGGCGGAAGCGGGCGUGACGGGCGCUGCAGCGCGGUGGCCGCUGUCCCCCGCGCUGAAGAGCCCCCGAUCCGACGGGUACCGCAGCCCCGGGGGCAGCCGCGUUCUGUCCGCCAUCGGCGCCAGCCCCACCGCGCUCGCCAGCGACAUGGCGCAGCUGCGAGUGCGCUCGCUGCCCACCACCCCGCUUGGGGGGGCUGCGCCUCCGCCGCUGGGGGCAGCGCGCGGCGGAGGGGGAGGGGGCGUGCGAGCAGCGGAUUCGGGAGGCAGGGGGUCGCACUCGCGAGGGUCGAGCGGGGAGCAGGGCUACGAGGUGGGGUCGAGCAGCCUGGGCGCAGGAGAGGGGGGGAGGCACGAUGGCGCAGGGACGAACGGGCACGACGGGGACGGGGAGGCAGGCGGGGCGCACAGAGAGGAGGGCGGUGGCGCGGCGGGGGGCAUGGGCGAGGGCAUGGAGGGCGGCGGAGUGGGGGACGAGCUGUAUGGCGGCGAUGGGUUUGGGCUGGACGACGGGGGGGACGAGGAGGGCGAGGGGGAGGGCGGCAAGGGGCAGGGCGGAGGCAGGGGGCGGGGAAGGCAUUCGACGAAGCCGCGCAGCGUGGCGGAGCGUAUGCGGCGCGAGCGCAUCUCGGCGCGGCUGAAGCGGCUCAAGGACGUGAUGCCGCGCACGGACGCGCGCACGGACACGGCGGCCAUGCUGGACGACGCCGUGGUGUACAUCCGGUCGCUGCAGAUGCGGUGCGCCGCUCUUGAGCGCCAGAACUCCGUGCUCGCCAAGCAGGUGGCAGACGUGGCGCGCGCCAGGGGGCAUAGCCCGCAAUAGUGCCCCCUGCUGCUGCUUUCGCCUGCACCUGUGGAUGCCUCGCCUGGCCUCUGCCCCUGCCCUUCAGCUAGGCUGUCUGCCUUGUGCUGACUCUGCUGACCACCGUGAUAUGCUGCUCGCCAACGACCACACACAUGGAAAACUCCACCUGAGAGAGAAGGCGGGGAGGGGCAGGGCUGGAGCAACGAGAGAGACAGGGAAGGGUGACGAGAGAAUAGCGGAGAGUCGAGAGAAAAGUCUGGCCGGGAUGGCCGGCGAAUGAUGGGCACUUCUGCUGUGUGAAAAAUGGCGAGAGGGCAGCAGGGUGUGGCAGCGGUUAGGGGGGGCAGGGGGGGGGAUGAGGGGGAGACAAAGGGGAGACAAGGGGACACUCUUCAUUAGGGCGUGGCAACGAAAGAAACUAUGGGGAUGGCAGGCGAAAUGACGAAUGUACGACCCGGGGGGGGGGGUAGUGAGGCAUAUUGAGAAAGGGAGGGAUAUUGAUGUUGACAAGUUAGGGAUGCAGUGAGAAAGGGACACGGGGGAUGGGGUUCAGGAGAGCGGGGUUACGAGAAAAUGGAACACUAGGGAUGGGACAAUGUUGGGGAGGGCAUAUAUUAAAAGUUCAAACGAGGGUGUGGUGCUGGUCUUCGCGGUCUAUGUGUCGCAGGCUUGUUCGAUGCUGAUGCUGUGCCGAAUGUAGGCCUCAGGAUAUCAGGGUAAAAUACCCUUACGACCCUUAUACCGUAAUCCCCCGUAUAUGGUAAGACUUGCCGAAAUAGUCAGCCCAUGGGUGGCAUAUGCGGGGGAUAGCUUAUGAUAUGGCGCAUUUUUUAGAGUACCCGCUUUUCUGGGUUUGCAUUUUAAAUAACACCCUGCUCGUUUU